CCGCUGCAGUAACAGGAGGAAACGGAGGAAAACACCUAACUUUCCAAUAAUCCAAAAGAUGCAUGAGAGUUUAUAUACAGGACAGAAUAUUGUAGAGUCCAUUCAAAGUGAAGGCAUUUAAAUCGCAUGAGCAUAAUAACGUUAACGUUCAGUCAAACUAACUGCUGCACUGUUUUUAAAGAAACGGAUUCUUUUUUAAGACUUGGUGAUACCCGCGCCAAGCAGCCAGGAGCCGGGAGAGGGUGAUGGGCGAGCCGGGAUGAGUGUGCUCUGCGCAGGGCACGGGGACGCCCGUGUGCCUCUCCUCCAGGGGCUGUGGGAGUGUGUGAGAGCGGGCCAGGAGAAGAUCCUGCUCUCCCCUUACCUUCCCGCGGUCUACGGGUUUGUGAUCCACGUGCUGCUCUGCGCACCUUUCCUCGCGCUGGACGCGCUGGGAAGCGUCUGCCAGCGGGUCCGGUCGUGGAGGAUCACCGCAGGCUCGGGUCCGCCGCCGUCUCUCCGCCGGUGGGUUGGCUGUUUUUGGAGGGUGCUGUACCGAUACGUGACCACCGUCCUCCCCGCCACCGCGCUGUUUCACACGGUGCGGAGCCCCGUGGUGCCGGAGCUGGCUCCGUCCUGCUGGCAGUUCUUCGUGGAGGUCUUCGCGUGUCUUCUGCUCUUUGACACGCUCUUCUUCUUUUGGCACGUCUGCAUGCACAGGUUUCUCUGGCUCUACCGCAGCACCCACCAGCUGCACCACCAGCACCACGUCACCUUCGCCCUGGCUGCCCAGGACAGCACGGCGGCCGAGCUGCUGUCCCUGCUGCUGCUGGCUGUGGGGAGCGCCUGGGUGCUGGGCUGCCACCCGCUGAGCGAGGCCUUCUUCCACCUCAUCAACAGCUGGCUGGCGGUGGAGGCCCACUGCGGCUACGAGCUGCCCCUGGCUCUGCACAGGCUGCUGCCCGGUCUGGGAGGAGCCCCCUGCCACCAAGCCCACCAUACUCGCCUCAGCGUCAACUACGCCCCCUACUUCACCCACUGGGACCUCCUCUUUGGCACAUUCCAUGCUCCAGUGAAGGGUCCACGUCCGGAGUGACAAAAAUU